UGCCGACAUCCUCGCGUCAGUACGUUGAAGAACGUGAGACAAGAUUGUAAUAAUGGCAGUGAAUGAGGAUUUGUAUUACUCUGGUUCACACAUAUUUGAUUGGGUUUCAGAUCAGACGGGUAUACCCGUUGAUCAGGUGAACUUUGUGAUAAGUCAAUUUACUUCUCUAUUUCUUGCUGGAAUUCUGAGAAUCUACUUCAAACCACAAGAAGUCGGUCCUGUUGUUCGACAUUCUUUUGGCCUCAUUGUAGGUCUCUCGCUUGGUUAUUUUUGCUUCGGCUGGCAGGCUCUUCAUUUGGCAGGACUUCCGGCAUUAUGUUACAUCGUAAUACGAACUCAAGAUCCACGAUACAUACAUCGGAUAGUUCUUGUCUUAGCACUUGGCUAUCUUUCAUUUAUUCAUAUUUACCGAAUCAUGUAUACCUAUGGAUACUAUACUUUGGACAUAACAGGUCCAUUAAUGGUGAUCACUCAGAAAGUAACCAGCACUGCAUUCAACAUUCAUGAUGGAAUUGCUCGACGAGAAGAAGACUUAACACCACUGCAAAAACGACAUGCUAUAAAAGUAAUACCAUCAGCAUUAGAAUAUUUUGCCUUUAUCUUCCAGUUCCAAACAUUAUUGGCGGGUCCAGCUGUUGUUUAUUGUGAUUAUAUUGAUUAUAUUCAUGGAAAUCAUUUCAAAGGACACAAUCAUUUAUCUGGGUUCAACGAUGAUGCUUCAAACCAAGUUAAUGUUAUUGAACCAUCUCCAACAAAAGCAGUUAUAAACAAAAUCCUCCAAACUUUGAUAUGUGGUGUUCUAUUUAUCUCUUUAAUUCCUAUGUUUCCAUUAGAACGUGUCAAAGAGAGCGACUUCAUAGAAAACACUGGAAUCAUAUAUAAAUUAGUGUAUUUGUCAAUUGUAUUAUUCUUUGUUAGAGCUAGAUAUUAUUAUGCAUGGUUAUUUGCCGAUGCAAUUUGUAACAAUUCUGGAAUGGGAUUCAAUGGUCUUGAUGACCAUGGACAACCCCGAUGGGAUGGUACUUCGAAUGUUGAUUAUUUCACAUUUGAAUUAUCUACAAAUUUAAAAGAUGCUACGGCAGCUUGGAACAAAGGGACCACUAAAUGGCUGCGUGAAAUUGUUUAUGAAAGAGUGAACAAUUAUAAACUUCUUUUAACGUUUGCUCUUUCUUCCAUCUGGCAUGGGUUCUACCCUGGAUACUACCUCACUUUUGCUACUGGAGCCUUAUUCACAUAUGCUGCAAGAAUUGGUCGUCGGAAAAUCCGUCCGCUUUUUGUUACUUCAGCGGAUAACUCUUUCAUCUACGAUGUGCUGACUUUUGUGGCAACCCGCAUUAGUAUGACCUACCUCGCAUUUACCUUCGCAUUAUUAGAGUUUACAGCAAGUGUUAGAAUAUAUAAAUCAAUGUACCUGAUUCCACAUUUAAUGGCAUUGGCAAUUAUUAUCUUUGCGCCAUUGAUACCGACAAAGUCUGUUACAAAAAAAGGAAAUAGUACUGUAAACAAUAAUUCAAAAGAACAAUUGACAUGUGAUACAAAUUCUACAAAUAUUGUAGAUCGAGAAACAAAUCAUAAUGGAAUUACAAAGAAAACGCUAUAAAGAAAAUAUUUAUUUUCAUUCUCUACAAAUAAAUAUUUUUUUCUAGUAAUAUUAUAUUUUAUUCAAAUGAUAAUAAUUAUUAUUAUUAUUAUAAUUAUUUCAUAAAUUGACUUGUCAUAAUUGUCAUGGCCAGAGUUCCUAAAACUCCGACAUACCUAGGACCUGACCAGGCGUCAUUAGACUGCAACAGUCGAUUAUUAUAAUUUUUUAUUAAUUAAUUAAUGAAACAAAUAAUAAUAGUUAUAUUACUAUUAUGUUUAUAUUAUAGAAUAUUUAGUGUUGUUAUAUUAAUACUAUUCCAAAUAUUUUUUCUAUCCGACUGAAAGACCACCAAGAAAAAAGAAUGAAUGAAUGACGAAUUGAUGAUUUAUAUUAAAUCUACCAAAUUGGUGUGUUAAUGAUAUCAAAUAUACAUAAAUCAAAACUUACAAAUUUAUAAAGAUGAAUAAGUGUUAUUGUAACUUUAAUAAAUAAUAUAACGCUUUUGCGAAAAAUUUUUUGUAUUUAAUCAAUUUAAAUUGUAAUAAUAA